UGACAUAGACGCGUCUCUUUCUCAAUGUUUUCCUCGGGCUCGAAUACGAAAAAGGCCCCCAAUGGCUCAGAUGUGCCGUAUGAGCUUCCUUGGGUUGAGAAAUACAGACCUCAGGUCCUUGAUGAUGUUGUGGGUAACUCGGAAACAAUCGAACGGCUCAAGGUCAUCGCAAGGGAAGGAAACUGCCCUCAUAUCAUAAUAUCUGGUAUGCCAGGAAUCGGGAAAACUACGAGCAUACAUUGUCUCGCCCAUCAACUGUUAGGAGAUGCGUACAAAGAAGGCGUUUUGGAGCUCAACGCUUCGGAUGAACGGGGCAUUGACGUUGUUCGAAAUAAGAUCAAGGCUUUUGCGCAAAAAAAAGUCACGCUGCCACCAGGGAGGCAUAAGAUCGUUAUUCUGGAUGAAGCUGACAGUAUGACGGCAGGUGCUCAACAAGCUCUUCGGCGAACAAUGGAAAUAUUUUCGAACACAACUCGGUUUUGUCUUGCGUGCAAUAUGAGCAAUAAGAUCAUAGAACCAAUACAGAGUCGUUGCGCCAUACUGAGGUAUGCCAAAUUGAGGGACAAGGAGCUAUUGAAGCGUCUAAUAGAGGUUUGUGAGAUGGAAAAGGUCCAGUACAACGACGACGGCCUGACUGCUCUCAUCUUUACGUCCGAAGGUGACAUGCGACAAGCAAUCAACAACCUUCAGUCUACGCACUCUGGGUUCGGUUUCGUUUCAGGAGACAACGUCUUCAAAGUCUGCGACCAGCCCCAUCCUAUCAUAGUUCAAGAGAUAAUCAAAUUCUGCACGGAAGGCAAGGUAGACUCUGCGAUGGACAGGCUGACUGACCUGUGGGAUAACGGCUACAGUGCAGUAGAUAUUGUUGUCACGAUAUUUCGAGUGGUCAAAACGUCUGAUAGUAUGCCCGAAUACACGAAACUGGAAUAUAUCAAGGAAAUUGGUUUUACGCACAUGCGAAUUCUGGAGGGCGUAGGGACUAUCCUCCAACUUGCAGGUCUUGUUGCGCGAUUGUGUAAAAUGAACAUAGAUUCGAACAUGUUUAAGAUAUGAUUUCUCGACGUGUGUAUCUAAGGCUUUUAAGGUCAGGACUACUUCUAGGUUGUUUCCUGUUGCUCCCGGGAAAAAUGGACAUUAUUGAGUUCGGAACGAGGUUGCCUAUCUUAGGAAGCAUUCUUAGUCAGUCAUCGUAACUACAUUUUGAAGCAACAAGAAAGCCCCAAAAUGGUAGUCAUGACUGCUUUCUUUGGUUCGAUCGUCAACGCGUUUCGUGGCAGCGAUUUCAUGAUGAGAUUCCCAGAUGUCCAGCGAUGCGUUAACGCAAGCGACUAGUGGUCGAGCAGACGUGACGAUGCCUAUACAAGAGACUUCUUUGUGUCCCGACUGACUUGAAUUAUUGACAAUCGCAAGAUUGUAAAUACCCCUGGGUGGACGGAGGAAAUGGAGAAUGGAUCUCUAAAACGAACCU